AUGACUGCAUGGGAUCCUCAUGUAUAUGAUGAGUGGAUUCCAUUUAAGAAGACGAAAUAUCCACCAACUCCUGAAACAUUGGAAACAAAGUGUGGAAAAAAAUGUUUCACUACGAUCGGCUAUUAUGAGAAUGAGCCUAAUCAAUCAGACAAAGGAAGGCUCUUUACAUACUGUGCCGAAUGUAGUGAAACAUUAGUUCAAGGGCAGUUCGUGCGAUGCAUUAAAAAAAGCAGGAAAAAUGAUUUUAAAGAUCAUAAGUGCAAAUUUUUACUCCCAAUGCCCAACUACGUUCCUGCUGAGCACCAAGUUGAGAAUACUCAGCAAGCAGUUGGCUCUGGUAAUGAUCCUUCGUUAGAAGAGAUCAUUGCCAGGCUUAUUGCGAGCCUAGAUAUAAGCCUUUAUGCCACAAUGAAGCCAGCAUUUAAAAGCUUCCUAGAGAGCUUCGCCAAAUGGCUUAAAAAUAAAGUCAAUCGCGAACAGGGCAUCAACUUUACAAUCCCAGACAUUGAGUUCACACGGCGCGGUGUCAGAGAGGCAUUGAUUACUUUAGGCAAAACAGACUCCUCUCGGGGCCUAAAGUUCUGCGAGGAAUUCCGCAUCUUCUCAAUUUCCCUGGACUGCGGAACACACGGCAGCCGUCAUGGUCUAUUCUCUUGUGUGUGCAAUCCAGGCAAAACAGAUCGCCACCAAUUCUUCGACACAACAAUUUCGACUAAUUGGACAUACGAGGACUACCAUACGUGGUUUGAUUCUCUUAAGGUUAAUAAAAACCACGUAGCUGGAGUAGUCGGAGAUGGUUUGCCAGCCCAGGUUAAAGGACUCUGCCACUGGAGGCCAGAAGGAGCCCUUUUCCCUGGCUUACAAACCGUGUACAUUCGUUGCCUUAACCACGUCUUGAACAAUGCUAUUGUCCACGCACGUAAGCAAUGUCCAUUGUUGAAUGAACUGAUGAAUAGAGUUCACCAGAUUAUCAUUAUCUUUAAGAAUCACGAUAUGAGAGCGAGAUACAAGAUCAGGGUUCCAUCAAUCCCGGAAACUCGCUGGCUCUACAUAUAUGAUACUCUGUUUUUCAUCUUUGAUAAUCUGGAAACAAUUAAUACUGCUUUAAGAAGUGGAGAUCUUCCACUAUCCCUUUCCAGAGCUACACGUGAACAGUUACAAUGGACACGUGAUGGAAUUCCUCCACUCUUUAAAGAUGCUUUAAUGAUAUUCAAGCCAUUAAAGCAACUUCAAUUAUGGCUGGAAUCCAACAAGUCCAUGGGUGCUUAUGCAUUCCUGAUGAUACAACAGUGCCAAGGGAUGUUGGAUGAAAUGGCAGGAAGAUUAACGCCAGAUGGUGAAGAGAUUCUCCGAUCAAUCACUACAAUAUUCAAAAAUGAUAUGAAAGAAUAUGGUAGAAUUGAUUUGCUUCGGUUUGCUUUCGGCUUUACACCGUUAGCAAGGAAGAUCAUCAGAGACAAGAAGGGUUUUGGAGGAAAGACAAGCUAUCCACCUAUAAUGCAGUUGAAAGAUGUGCAAGUCCCAACGAUUCCUUCCCUGAGGAUCAUCAAUCGCGAGAUCACAUUUGAGAAACUCGGCGAAAUCCUUGAAGAAGAACGAACAGAACGUGUUGACGAGGUAGCCGAGCAUGAUGAAGAGAUCCAGCAAGCAGAAGAGGAACAAAUGCUUAACGACGAUCAUGCAGCCGAAACAAAUGCCGAUGGUUCGAGGAAUUCCUUGGUCUGGGAUGUUGUAGAUGAAGAGAUAAAAGAUCUAUACACAUUCAUGAUAACAAUCCUCAGACAAAGAGCAAUUGCCGAAUCAACAGUUGAUCCAACGAUCAAUAAAGACGAUAGAGCCAAGGAAUUGAGUGAUGCUUACGAUUUCUUCAUAGAGCAAGAUGAUUCCCAUCUUAUAAAUGGUCAUCAUCUUGCUCAAAAUGAUGGCAAGUUUUGGUACAUGAAUGGCAUAAAGCAACUAAAAGCAAUAAGACCAAUUGGAAAAAGGAUGAUGUCACUUUCGUGCAGUGAAGCAGAUGUAGAACGUGUAAUAUCUGAAUUGCGAAAGACAAGAAAUUCAAUGAACGAAUCAUGCAAAGAAGAAUAUGUAGCAUGCCGCUUCUUCAUCAAGUUGAAUGAUGAUCAAUUUGAUAUUUGA